GGUCUCUCUACCUGUCCCUCGCGCGCCGGAGCAGUUGAAAACAUCCUCGCGCUCGGGAGAAGAUCCAAGAUUUGGAAAGAGAAGAGGAAGGGAGACAUCACAGACUCUGCUCCACAACCAUGCAGAUACUUGGGCUCCCUUUUUUGCUGGUAUGCCUCAUUUGGGGCCACUCCUGCGUUAUCGGCGGAAAAGUCAACAAGCACAAGCCGUGGAUAGAAACAUCGUACCAUGGCGUGAUCACAGAGAACAUGGACACGGUGCUGCUGGACCCUCCGCUGGUGGCUCUAGACAAGGAUGCCCCGGUCCCCUAUGCUGGGGAGAUUUGCUUCUUUAAGAUCUAUGGUCAGGAUGCUCCCUUUGAGGCUGUGGUGUUGAACCGCACCUCAGGGGAGGGGGUCCUGCGGGCCAGCAGCCCUGUGGACUGUGAGAGCCAGAAAGAGUACACCUUCAUCAUCCAGGCCUACGACUGCGGGGCCGGACCCAGCGGAGCUGACUGGAAGAAAUCCCACAAGGCGGUGGUUCACAUCCAGGUGGAUGACGUCAAUGAAUUCAGCCCCGUGUUUCGGGAGCCACUGUACAAGGCAUCUGUUACAGAGGGCAAAAUCUAUGACAGCAUUUUGCAGGUAGAAGCUUGGGACCAAGACUGUUCACCACAGUACAGCCAGAUCUGCAUCUAUGAGAUUGUCACUGCAGGGACGCCAUUUGCUAUCGACCGCAAUGGUAACAUCAGAAACACAGAGCGGCUGAGCUAUGACAAGCAGAAGAGCUACACCAUUAUGGUGACGGCCUUUGACUGUGGUCAGAAGAGAGCAAAGGAGGAUGUGGCUGUGCAUAUUGAUGUCAAACCUGUCUGCAAACCUGGAUGGCAAGGUUGGAACAAGCGGGUGGACUAUGAGCCAGGGACUGGAAGCAGACAGCUGUUUCCCAAGAUGCACUUGGAAACAUGCGGGGGUCUCCUGUCUGGAGUGAAAGCAAUGGUAGAGCUCCAGACCAAUCACAUCGGGAAGGGCUGUGAUCGGGAAACAUACACUGAGAAGUCUCUGCAAAAGCUGUGCGGAGCAGCAUCGGGCAGCACAGACCUACUUCCUGCCUCCAGCCCUGCCACAAACUGGACAGUGUCUCUGCUGACUGACAGCAGCCGUGACAGCGAUCUCAUCUACAGGUUCGAGGGACGUCAGGCUGCUAAUGUCCCGGACCACGUGGUGCCCCAAAACCUGACAGACCAGUUCACCAUAGCAACAUGGAUGAAACACGGUCCCAGUCCGGGCCUCAGAGCUGAGAAGGAAACCUUACUGUGUAACUCCGACAAGACUGAGAUGAACCGCCAUCAUUACUCUCUGUAUGUCCACAACUGCCGCCUGGUGUUCCUGCUCAGAAGAGAUUUCACCCAGGUGGACACUUUCAGACCCGCCGAGUUCCACUGGAAACUGGAGCAGAUUUGUGACAAGGAAUGGCACUAUUAUGUGAUCAACGUGGAGUUCCCUGCAGUGACACUAUUUGUGGAUGGUGUUACCUAUGAACCCUAUCUGGUGACGGAUGACUGGCCGAUCCACACAGCAAAGAUUGAUACGCAGCUGACUGUGGGCGCCUGCUGGCAAGGGGGUGAGGUAGGGACCCCGAGGUUCACCCAGUAUUUCCGUGGCAGCCUGUCAGGUCUAACAAUCCGACCGGGCCGCAUCGAAACCCAGAAGGUUAUUUCCUGUCUGCAGGCCUGCAAAGAAGGCCUUGAUAUUAACUCCCUCGAAAGCCUCGCCAAGGACAUCAAGUUCCAUUUUAACCCUGCUCAGUCCGUGCUGGUGGUUGAGGGAGAGGAUCUGGACAGCAUCAACACAGCCAUGACGAAGGUCUCCUACAUUAACUCUCGCCAGUUCCCUACAUCGGGCCUGCGACGGCUACACAUCACCACCACAGUACAGUGUUUCGGUGAGGACACUUGUCUCUCCAUCCCAGACAUCAAGUCAGUGGUUAUGGUCCUGCCGCCUAGUGAACCGAGAAUCACCAUCUCAGGAUCUAAUCGUCUCGUCAGGCCUGCCGCUGACCUGCGGGGUCCGCUGGGUGUGGCCCCCUUCAAAGAGCUUCACAUCACCAGCACAGUGAUGAAGGGAGACAGCUUCGGAGGAUCUCGCAGACCAGGUGUGAUGGAGGUGAUGCACAACCUGGACUACUGCGACAUCCUGGUGAUUGGGGAAGAGCUGAAUCCUGAGAGAGAGAGUCUGGAGAUUCAUCACAGCGCUUUGUUGGGAAAACACCUGGAUGCCACCAACUCAACCUCUGGAAUGUCAAUAUAUGGUGUGGACUCCAUGGCCCACUACGAGCAGGCGCUGAGACAGGUGCGCUACAGGAACCAGAGACCUGUCACCCUGAGUGAGAGGAGGUUCAGACUCACCUGCUCUGAACUCAACGGACGUUACACCAGCAAUGAGUUCAACCUGGAGGUCAGUGUCCUUCACCACUCAGCACCUGUGGAGCAUGUCAAUCACAUGGCUGCCCAACCCCAGUUCAUGAGACCGGUCCAUCACCCUCUCAUGAUACACACUUUCAACUCACACAUGUCAGGAUCAGCGCCUCCAGCAGCCACAGCCGUUAUCGUGGUGUGUAUCGCCGCCCUGGUGGUGAUCGUGGUGAUCGGCGUGUACAGGAUCCAUGCCACACAUCAGGAGGGGUCCAGAGAGGAUGAAGAAGAGGUCAAAGAGACUGAAGAAGACUGGGACAACUCUGCACUCACCAUAACCGUCAACCCCAUGGAGAACAUCGGAGGAGCCAAGGCACAUGAUGAAGAGGUGAAAGAAGAGGAGCGUGAGGAGGAGGAGGAGGAGGAGGAAGAAGAGGAGGAGGAGGAACAGGUGGGAGGCAUGACGAGUGCCGAGUCAGACGAAAGUGAUGAAGAUGAAGAGGGGGGAGAGGAAGAAGAGAGAGAAAAGGUGGAAGAGAGGAAGCAGAAGGGAAAACUAGAGUGGGACAGUUCCUCCAUAACGUACUGACCACACACACAUAAACACAUAUCUGCACACUAAAACACACUUGACAUGCUCUGUCUCUCUCACACACACACACACACACACACACACACACACACACACACACACACACACACACACACACACACACACACAAACACAUGUUCAUGCUGACAUUACUUCGCGCACGCUACAGGUACACAGAAAGAAAAUCUCUGAUAAUAAUUUACAAUCUGUUGCUGGAACACACACUGAAUCUUCCCACGAUGUCAUUUCGAAUGACACGUCUCCCUCUGCUUAAGCACAGUUUCCUCAUUAUGUGGAGAAUUAGCUGAUAAAAUGAAUCUAAACUCUUGAAUUUAGUGACACAAACUCUCCGUUUCUUACAUUAACACAAAGGUAAUGUGGGCAUUGAUCCCGAUAUUUAAUAUGUGCAAUUUUCCUCAGAUUACUUUUAUAUUGUUUAUUUUAUAUUUUAAUCAGAUUGUCUGCAAACUGGUAAGCAGAGUGAUGUAUCCAUAUACAGUACAUGUGUUAAUGUAUCCAUAAACGUUUUAAAACAUAAUUCCUUUGGCCUUUAUAGUAGGUAUGACAUAGAUGAACCGUCUGUCAGUGUGUAUCCUCUGUUCUCAUAUUUAUCUCACAGCAUCCUGGAUAUGUGACCUCUUACAAUAAACACUGUACAUGAUUUAUAUACAAAGCAGAAAUAUUAACCGUCUAAUAUCGUCCCCCUUUAGUUUCUCAAAAGUAUUUGAAAGCUACGAUGGUUCAAUUUUUUAAAAAUACUCUUAGAAACAAAAGCUCUGUUUGUUUGCAUCUGUCUGUGUACCAAAUCUCUCCAUACUGUGGCCUAUUGUAGCUUUCAUUGUUAAACAAAAAUAGAAAAAUGUUGAACAAUUGUUUUUCAGGAGAAGAAAUAAUACAGAGAUGUUACCGUGUGUACCAUUAUCCCGUCUUCCCAUUCUGUCUAAUUCAUAGUGAGCCCUCUAUGCAAUUAUGGGCCCAGUACAAAGGACCAGUACACAGAAACAGGGGCACUCCAGUCACUGACUUUUUCCAACUAGAAAAAUGGCACCCUUUUCCAGCAUGACCCAAGAUGAUGUGUGCUUUUAAUGUUUCAUAUUCCACUUCCACAGAAUACUUUCAUUUUGUUUAUUUUUUAAUAACAGAUGGUUUGCAAAAUGAUGAGUUAUUAACAGGUUCAAGAAGAGGUAAACUUAACUGUUUAGGAACAAUACUGACAGAUGUUAGUGACAUGUGUUGCAAUACAAAACAAUAGCAUGGCAUCUCCUCCCAGUAUAGAGCUGAAGUGUUAAGGUUUUUAACUUCAGUUGUUUCUAACAGCUCUUCAGUCAAUCGGGACCAUUUCUUCGGGGAAAUGAAAAUGACAGGCUAGUCCUUACUGCAGAACAACUCUUAUCUCCUCAUUACUCACCCCAUACAUUAGUUAGCAAACCGCAUGUUUUUGGCCUUGUCCUUUUUCUCAUCACCUGAUAAGCAGGUGCCACUGCUUGUUACCUUGGAAACAUGGCUUUGGAUCCCAAGUAUGCAUGGAGAUAAGGUGGCAAACUUUUGAGGAUAAAAUAAUUGUGUUCUUAAAUGUUGUAAAACUUGUCUAACACUAUCUCACAAACUCUCUCAAAUAUAUCCCAGGGUCUAUUUGAACUUUCAGUUUGUGAUGCAGGAUUUCUUAUUAUUUUUUUAUUGACAGAAAACUGCCCAUUUUGACAAGUGAACUGAACUUAAUGAGUUAAAUUGGUGGAUUGCCCCUUUACAGUCAGGUGACGGCCCACAUAGCUGAAUGCUGGAGAAAAUCCGCUUGUUUAUCCAUCUCACUUCACCAGAACUAGCAGUGGAAACUUCAUUGAUAUUAGUUCCUUCUUUUAAACAUCAAUUUAAUCCAAUGGGUUUGUCUACAUUUAAAUGAACUAAAUGUAACUCCUCUCACAUUCCCAUUUCUACUCUGAAUCAGUGACUGUUCAUCCCUCUGAGCUCUGUGACUGAUACGUCUCCUGUCCACAUGUCCCUCCCUCUGUCCUCUUUUAAGCACCUGUGAUUGUGAUGUCAUCAUUGUGAGAAAACUGCCUUGUUCCCCUCUGUGAUAUUGUGCUUCUGAAAGAUUAAGAGGAAAAGAUUCUUUUACAUAUAAAAAAAUAAACCCUGUAAAAAUGUUCAAGACAGUUAUUUUAUAUAUCCGUUUCUUUUUCUUUUUGUAAACAAAAUGGUCGGGAUUUCUCUCUCUUUAGCGGUGAUCCUACUGAUUUCUGUAUAUUGACCAAUAAAGACUUGUUUUAGACUCUA